CAGAGAAAAAGAUCGGUCACUUUUGUUUUGUUCCUCAUUUGGUCUUCAUCUUUUGUUUUGAUUACUUUGUGUCUCUUUUAAUUUUUAUUCGGGCAAAUUAUUGUUAAUUAAGAGAAUUGAUUGCUUGAUAUGAGAAUUUGGUAACGAGAAGAUUGGAACGAUCAUUUGAAUAGUUGUAGUGAGAAAGAAAAGUGAAUCAAUUGUUGAUUGUCUCUUGUUUAGUUGCAACAGUUAAUUCUAGUCGAUUAACUAAAUAAUCUCCAUCAUCAUGGUGAAUAAUUCUAGUGAAACUGUUAAUCAACCUUCGGGUAAACAGUUGAUUGCCACCAUAUUGAAUCUUAAAUCGGAAAAUCGACUUUAUAAGUGUUUGAAUAAGGUGAAAGAUGAAAUUGUUAAAGCGAAAAUUCAAUAUACCGAAGAGGUUAAGAAAGAAAAUCUAUCUCAUGAAGCUACUUUCUUAGCAAACGAAAAAAUAAUUUCUGGACAAAAGAACGUCAUUGAUGAUUUAAAUAAACAAGUGGAGAGCCUGAACAAACAAUUAGCUACGACUAAAUCAUCGAUUGAUGAUAGAUCUAAAUCAGUGGAAACACAUCAAAGUACAAUCCAAAAACUUUCGUUUAACCUGAAAGAAGCCCAGAAAUAUAUUGACGAUCAAAAUUACGCCAUUGACCAGUUGAGGAAAAGGUUAUCGGACUGUAAGAAUGACCAUGAAAAUCAUAAAAAAGCUUUAAAAGAAAGAUUCUUGGAGAGGAUUGAAAAAGCCAAAGAAGAGAUGGAAGUGGAACGGGAAAAGUCGACCCAGAAAUUGAUGCAAACACGGGAAUUUUAUGAUGCCGAAGGGAGAGAUCUCAGAAGGAAAAUCGAUCAACUGAAAGACGAAUUGGAUCUCUUGAGGAGAGCCGAUUUUAAUAGACCCACUCAAUCAACCAGCCGAGGAAAAGGUCGUAAAAGGCCAACAUCUACUACCAGAGAUUCUGCCGGUACUAAAGCUACUCCAAAUAAAAGAAAAGGACGACCAACUAUAAACAAGACAAAUCGAUUUCCUGAAGUCGAUUCUUCGACAAUAAUUGACGAUGACGACUUGGAAUCGGAGUCCAGACCAAAAGCACAGCAAAAAGCACCGGUAGCCGAUUCUUUAUUCCCAGAUACUCAGAAUGACCGAUCACCUUCACCAAUAAUUUGGUUAUCUCAACCAAAUUACAAAGAGGAAUCAGAUACAGAGUAAUCGAGAGGGAGAAUUUUUUUAUUUUC